CUGUGGACGUGCGCGUCCCCGCGUCGGGUAGCAGCAGUCGCGGCAUCCAGAGAGAGAGCGUCAGCGGCGGAGGCUGCAUCCUCUCUCCCAACAGCAGCCGCCGGUACCGAGACCAGCCACCGGGACUCCCAGGCCGCCACCCACGCCGCUUCCCGCGAUUCGCCUCCGGGGAAUUUACUGUGGAUUUAUGAUCGCGUCAGAAAGAAAAAGACAAGAAAAAAACAAAAACGGGAGGAAUAAAGAGCAGUUAAGGUUUUCAUUCAGGUGAUACUUCUUCUGAAACCUAGACGUCCAGCCGCUUUAUGUUGUCUUUUUCCUCUGAGCUGAAUUAUUUAAUGGCUGUUUUGAUAAACCCCGAACCGACCCGCCCCCCCCUCGGAUGGGUCAUCCCAACUAGAGAUGCUUUUAUUUUGUAAACCGUCAGGAUUGAACCAGCUGGAAAGGAUUUUUCGCUUUUUUUUUCUUGACACCCCCAAACUACCCCCCCCCCCCUCCUGAGGCUGGUGGAAAGCAGGACAAGGAGGAGGAGGGCAAAACCCCAGGAAGCCCUGUGGAGGAUCUGGUACCCAAAGCGGUGGAUCCCACUCUCCAGCAGAGUUUACUGCUGAUGCAGCACUCUUGGUCACGGAAGACGAAGCGGUAUGGAACGCAACAGAACCAUGGCUGACCAAACAGUUCAAAGAGCAGCUUCUCAGAUAUGCCACUGAAUGAUCACCCAACUCAAGGCCCCAACAAUCCUGGAUUACCACUCAUCUCUAGGCUUUGGUCAAUCCCACCUGGUUUUGUUGUAUCAGAAUAGCAUGGUUUUCGCACCUUGCUUCUGUCUAUAAUCCUCGUUCGUCUUGGAAAAUCAGAAUAGCGAUUCACGUUUGACUCCAGCCAUGAACCCCUUACCUCUAACUCGGCAGGGUUUGUUAUCAAGGACACACCACUUUAGACUCAUGACAGACUGGUGCUUUAUAAGUAUCCUAGGCCUCAGCUUGAUCUUCAGUCUGACCUCGUGUCAGAGGAUGGAUCCUUCCAAGCACCCAAUUGUCAACACCAACUACGGCAAGAUCAGAGGCAUCAAGAAGGACUUGAACAAUGAGAUUCUCGGCCCAGUUGAACAAUACCUGGGAGUUCCCUACGCCACAGCCCCCAUCGGCGACCGCCGCUUCCAACCUCCUGAAGCACCGGGAUCCUGGCAGGAGAUCCGCAAUGCCACCCAGUUUGCCCCUGUGUGCCCUCAGAACAUACACGGGGUGCUUCCAGAGAUCAUGCUGCCAGUGUGGUUCACAGAUAACCUGGAUGUGGCGGCGGGAUACAUCCAGAACCAGAGUGAAGACUGCCUCUACCUCAAUAUCUACGUGCCAACAGAGGAUGGUCCGCUCACAAAAAAAACUGAUGAAUCUUCAAUGAACAAGCCGCGAGACGAAGAUAUUCGUGACCGCAGGAAGAAGCCGGUGAUGAUGUUCAUCCACGGAGGUUCUUUCAUGGAAGGCACCGGAAACAUGUUUGAUGCCAGCGUCCUCGCCGCCUACGGCAACGUGAUCGUGGUGACCAUGAACUACCGUCUGGGCGUGCUCGGCUUCCUCAGCACGGGGGAUCAGUCCGCUAAGGGGAACUACGGCCUGCUGGACCAGAUCCAGGCCCUUCGCUGGCUCAACGAGAACAUCGGCCACUUCGGAGGAGACCCGGAGAGGAUCACCAUCUUUGGCUCCGGAGCCGGCGCUUCCUGCGUCAACCUCCUGAUCCUGUCGCACCACUCGGAGGGUUUGUUCCACAGAGCCAUAGCUCAGAGCGGCACGGCCAUCUCCAGCUGGUCCGUCAACUACCAACCCCUCAAGUACACUAAGAUCCUGGCCAGGAAGGUGGGCUGCACCUACUCAGACACCGUGGACCUGGUCGACUGCCUGAGGCGCAAGACCUUCAGGGAGCUGGUGGAUCAGGACAUCCAGCCGGCGCGCUACCACAUCGCCUUCGGCCCCGUGGUGGACGGAGACGUGGUCCCCGACGAUCCCGAGAUCCUCAUGCAGCAGGGGGAGUUCCUCAACUAUGACAUCCUCAUAGGAGUGAAUCAAGGAGAAGGGCUGAAGUUUGUGGAUGACAGUGAGGACAAUGACGGCAUCACUGCCGCAGCGUUCGACUACACCAUCUCCAACUUUGUCGACAACCUCUAUGGGUACCCCGAGGGCAAAGACAUCCUGAGGGAGACCAUUAAGUUCAUGUACACCGACUGGGCGGACAGGGACAACGGAGACAUGCGAAGGAAAACUCUGUUAGCCCUGUUUACCGAUCACCAGUGGGUGGCGCCGGCAAUAGCUACCGCCAAACUGCAUGCCGAGUUUCAGUCACCCGUCUACUUUUACACCUUCUACCACCACUGCCAGACAGAGACGAGACCCGAGUGGGCAGAUGCAGCUCACGGGGAUGAGAUACCCUACGUCUUCGGUGUGCCCAUGAUCGGCGCUACCGACUUGUUUCCGUGCAAUUUCUCCAAGAACGACGUGAUGCUGAGCGCCGUGGUCAUGACUUACUGGACCAAUUUUGCCAAGACAGGUGAUCCCAACCUCCCAGUUCCCCAGGACACCAAGUUUAUUCACACCAAACCCAACCGCUUUGAAGAAGUCAUCUGGACCAAGUUCAAUUCAAAGGACAAACAGUAUCUCCACAUCGGCUUGAAACCUCGAGUUAGAGACAACUACAGGGCCAACAAGGUGGCCUUCUGGCUAGAACUGGUGCCACAUCUUCACAGUCUACAUGAGAUCUUCCCCACGACCACCCGUUCACCCCCAGGAGGUCCAGGGACUAUGAGACCAGGGCCAAGACCCUCGGGCCCUCGCACCACUCGAUACCCCUACCCAACCUUCCCGUCCGAGUCCGACCCCGAGGGCUCAGACCGUCCUCCCCAGGAGCUGUUUCCCGGGGACACCCGCGACUACUCCACUGAACUGAGCGUGACGGUGGCCGUGGGAGCCUCGCUGCUUUUCCUGAACAUCCUGGCAUUCGCAGCUCUGUACUACAAGCGCGACAAGCGACACGAGAUGCGGCGGCAUCGUUUGUCCCCCCAAAGAGGCGGGCCUGCAAACGACCUGGCCCACAGCCAGGAGGAGGAGAUCAUGUCGUUGCAGAUGAAGCACUCCGAGCAUGACGCCCACCACGACAUGGAGCCCUUGAGGCCUCACGACAUUCUGCGGCCCGCCUGCCCGCCCGACUACACCCUGGCGUUGCGUCGGGCCCCUGACGACGUGCCACUGAUGACGCCCAACACCAUCACCAUGAUCCCAAGCACCAUCACCAGCAUGCAGCCUCUUCAUGCUUUCAAUACCUUUCCUUCCACUGGCCACAACAACACCCUACCCCACCCCCACUCCACCACCAGAGUAUAGUAGGGACUGGCCCGGCGAAGCUCCAAUCAAGGACCUGGAAUACUGGCCCUACUGCUUACCAGGAGGGGAGCCCUCCAGAUGUGGGCCUUUAUUCUCUAUUAUUGUCUCUUUUCUCAAAGGAAGCAGCCCCCUCUAGUGGCGGAGCAUGCAGAACUGCAUGGAAGCAGAUCCUCUUUGAGGGCGACUCAAAGAAACAGUUUUUAAAGAGCAUCUGCUAUUUCUAGACAGAAACAGACAAAUGGUUUCGCUCCCUCCUGUUUUAUCUAUUCAUUUUUUUGCAAUGGAAAUGUCUUAUAUUUCGUUCUCCUGUGUUUUCUGUGAACAUUUCUUUUCUUUCGAUGACAUCUGUGUCUUAUCGCUGCUCCGGUCCUAUGGUUCGACUGGAUUCUCCACCUCCUCGGCGGCGCUCCCUCGCUCUCGAGACGCUCAGAGCCGGAGGGGACGAGACGAGCACACGGUUGCUAUGGAGACCUCUCUGUCAUCCCGCCGGCGUUCUUGGUGCCAAGUACGUACUACUGUGUUCCUCAUCAAGGGGAGACAAAAGAGAAUUCCUGUCAACCAGCAGAGGCCGUGUGAUCCCAUGACAAAGUGCCAAACUGGCCCUCAGUGUAUUUUCUUCAAUUCAUCUUGUUUCUAUGGUGUUUGUUUUAUUGUGGAAGGAUGUCUUGCUGACAAUAUAGAUAUAGAGAAAAGUAUUAUAUAUAGUUCUAUAUAAAUGUGUACAAAGGAGAAAGUAUAUGAGUGGGUUUUAUCAGGGGGCGGGGGUCUAUGCAUGAAUUAUUUUUCAAAGAUAACGAUGAGGGUGGGCGGGAUCAGUCAGUUUCCUAAAUCCAAUCAGAUGAUUCUGGUCCGAUUUGAGUUUUCCUCCCUUUGAACGAAUCUCCAUUGAUUUUCCAAAAGGGCCACUAAUAGCUAAAGAUGUCUGUCCUCCAUUAUGAUGCUAUGUACGGAACCCCUCCCCCAAACAAAGAUGAUGAAGCACACCCUCAUCUUCCAUCAGCAGCUUCUCCUGUGGUGCAGAGGACGCAAUUAUUUUUGUAUUCAGUCAGAUUUUUCUUUCUGUUGCAUCAGAUAGGCCUUAAUUAGACAGAGACAGGCAGCUCCCCCCUCCCAAAAGCCUCAGCAUACAUCACGACAGCGUCUCCUCUGUAAAAUCGCUCACCGUCUUGGAUCAUCCGGCUGGUUUUCCAUAGCCCUUACGUUACGAGGUCAACAGUUAAGCACACUGGAGGGAUUUCAAACGCGCCCACCGCUUCACAAAGAUGUCAAACCUGGGUCUGACGAAAACACGCCAGUACGUUCUUCGCUGGUGCUCCAGUGUUCGUUUGCUUUCUGUCGUGUUACUGCCUAAAGGGAGGCGGGGAGGACUGAAAAUGCGCCCAUGUGUAAAUCGCAAAACAAACACUCUGGGCGCAACGAAGAGAGAGGAUUCGAACUUGGACGCAAGACCACCGUGUCGACUUUUAUACUCCCCUGCCAAGCGGAGGACAGAACCAGAACACAACCCGGAUCUAUUCCACGCGCUCCCUCCAGAGGGCGCCAUUGUGUUGAACUGAGCGCAGCCCGCGCCGAAGUGGACGGACACCUGGCGAGGAUCAAAGUGUACAUUUUUACCUGUAAGAACCGCCCAGACAAAAUAUUUGUAAAUAUUCAGUUUCUUGUUUGUUUGUUUUUAUUUUCGUUGGUUUGUUUGGGAUUUUGAGCGAAUGAAUUCUUACGUUGUGACAACUAAAGACAGCAGGUGCAGCUUUUCAAAAGUCUCAGAGUUCCUCCCACACAACAGCUGUGACCUGUUUUAAUGGUUGAUGACAGACGAAGUGUCCUGUAGCAUCGUGAUUCCUGAACGGGAAAGUCGCUGUAGCAGAUCCACAGAGGGCCAAACACUGUCGUUUACAGACAUCAACAGGUUACAACCAUUUCCUGUCACAUUUGUUCUAAAGUCUACCACUGCAAUUGAAGCUAUAUUACAUCAUUUUCUCAUUGUUUGGUAUAUAAAACCAAGUUUACUGCCUGUUGAGUUUUUUAUGGAAGGCGUAGACUAGAAAACCAGCUCUGCUCUGAACCAACCCGAACACCAACCAUAAAGGGGCGCCGUCAGAUGUCGGCUCGCCUCACAUGUAGCAGGGAUAACAUGUAGCCUUUGGGUUGGAGAAACACUGCGAUGCCUCAAAUGUGCAGAAAUUGCAUCCUCCUUUUGGUCCAGUUUUUGUGUAUCAAAAAACGAUGUUUUCUUUACUGGUUGAGCCAACACAACCUCCUUUUAUGGUGGGGACGUUGGUUGGAAAACAAAUUCACUCGGGCAAUACUAAGUACCCCAAUAAGUAUUCCAUAUGAUGAAACAGUUGACCAAUCUUUUAAUCUGCUCUUAGCUCUGAAAACCUUAGUCUUAAUUUUCAGUUCAUAGCAGCCAAUUCUUGGCUCUUUGUCUAUUUUAAACAUUUAAACUUGUUUUAGGUUUUUGAGAUUUUCUCCAAAGCAUUUCAGAACCACAGUUCUUUCUUUACUCCAUUCACUGUUGUAUAAAGUCCGGAGACUCGCAUUAGCCUUUGAACAAUGUAUGCUGCCGACAACACCAAUUGAAUUUGAAUUACCCUAACUCUUCAACCAUUUACAUACAUUAUUAAUGUGAAGUGUUGAUGUACAUUAGUACUUUACGUUAGCAAAGUGUUGCAUAUUGGCUCAAAGCCGAUAUAUAAGUACUAACAUCAAGCAACUUUACUAACAGAAAUUUUUUACUCAUGUAACUUGCUGUUUAUGUUGCUUUUAAAGGUUGCUUUUACAAGUAUUCAUUGUUUGUGGGGUCAUGGAUCGUAUGUCAGGGAGGGGGUGGGUACAGGUUGGGUUGGGCUUUUAUUGCAAUACCUGUGUAUGUUUCUGAUUUUAAAUGUAAAGUGCUUCGAGCUGAGCAAUGCAUAAGAAGCACUUUUUAUUAAAAAAAAAAGUUUUAUUUGAAUUUGAUAUUGGCUCAAUGCCGAUUUGCACUACUUUGCUAACAUAAAGCAAUACUUUACUAACUUUGCUAAUGUAAAGUGUUUACUAACUAAGGUGUUGCUAUUUGUUAGCACUUUGCGUUAGCAAAGUGUUGCAUAUUUGCUCAAAGCUGAUAUAAAAGACUUUGCUAAUGUAAAGAGUUUACUGUUGCAAAGUGGUGCUUUACAUUAAUAAUUUCACGUUAGCAAAAUAUUUUACUUUAGCAUUUUACGUUGGCAAAAUAUCAUAUAUUGACUCGAAGCCAAUAUACAUCAUUUUGCUAACAUAGGCAAGGCAUGUUUAUUUGUAUAGCACAAUUUGUAGACAAAGUACUGACGUAUAGCAACACAUUUGUAACAUAAAGUGUUUACUAAUGUAAAGUGGUGCUUUACAUUAAUAUUUUCACGUUAGCAAAAUAUUUUAUGUAAGCAUUUUGUUAUUUUUUACGUUAGCAAAAAGUUAUAUAGUGGCUUGAAGCCAAUAUAUAACUUUUUGCCAACAUAGGCAAGGCAAGUUUAUUUGUGUAGCACAAUUUGUACAAAAAGUACUAACGUAUGGCAAGAUUUUUCUAACUUUGCUAAUGUAAAGUGCUUACUAAUGUAAAGUGUUGCUUUAUGUUUGCACCUUAUGUUAGCAAAGUGUAGCAUUUUUGCGCAAAACUGAUAUGAAAGACUUAAAUAUAAAGUGCUCAAUAAUGUAAAAUGUUACUGCUUUACUUUAGCACAGUGUUGCAUAUCAGUGCAAAGCCGAUAUGCUAAUUCCGCAUCAGAAUCAACUGAUUUACAUUUAUUAUGUAAACACUUCACCAAAGUAAAGUGUUGCAUUUCAGUACAAAGCUUCUUUUUCCCACUUCAGAAUCUGUUGGAAUUGCGUUAAUUGAGUAAAUGGUCGGAAACAGUAGCUAAAGCGCUGGUGGUUUGACUAAAUAACCUGGAUGCUCUUAAAGCUUCAAUACCAGCCCAAAUCAUAAUUGUUCCACCUACAUACUUCUCACUUCUGUGACAAUAUUACAUUUUUCUCUCUGCUUUUAUUUUUUUUAAUAAGACAGAACUGAGAAUAGCCCUCUUUACGUGUCAUUUCAAUUGGAGUUUUACAUUUUUGGAGACAAAAAAAGAGAACUGAAAGAAUCAACAGUUUUUUCACCUACUGAUGUCUUUUUAAGCAACCUUCCUUCUGAUCUUUAUUUGUUUGUGUUUUAAAAAUGUCCUCUAGUAUCUGAAAUCUUCUCAAUUUUCUCCCUGAAACAGCAGAAACUAAUUAGUGCAACCAGUCCUUCCCUCUUGAGUCCCAUAGACUUAGAAGGGAUACUACCGGGUAUUGCCCAAGUAUUUUUGUUGAGUUUGGUUGAACAAAUUCAACAAAAAUGAAGUGAGUUGGGUGUGUCUAAUACAAGUGGAUGCUGCUUUUGCACAGGUUGAUAAUUUCAUGGGGUAAUGAUAUUGCUCCAGCCUUUUGGAUUCAAAUCACUGUGCUCUCGUCACUGUGGAGUCUCUCCUGCAGUGGGAUCAGAAGUGCAUCCCAGCUGCUUUUCCCGCAUAAAACGUCCUUUCUUUGGUCUUUCCGUUUCCGUUGUGUGGAGGAAAUCUGUAAGAAACACAGAGACUGCAGGUCUGCACCUGUUGUCUUGUUUGUACAUUCUAUGUUGACAUCAGAAACCCAAGACUUGACAUUGAGAAAACUGUUUAAAUAAUGGGAAAAAAAAGAAAAAGACAUGAAUAUUAAAAAAAGUAAAGUAAAAAUUAUAUACAUAAAUGAGGUGAUGAUAUUUCUGUUACUUUAGAAGUUAUUAUACACUGUAUGCUGUGGUUCUGAUCUGGCAAACAUUAAAGAAAUUCAUAACCAAACAGCA